AACAAAAUUUGUUUGCAUUUUAAAUGAUUUUGUUUAAAAUAAUUUUUAACUUUGUAAGAAAUAUUCUCGCACUUAAGGGUGGCUAGAGUCUUUCUGGCAGUGAUGACCUCCCCAUAAGAACACGCCUCUUGCAAAGGAUUUCCUCCAUCCCUCUCCAGAAGAAAAGACGACACACAAGAAGUGUCUGGUGCAGAGCCCCAUUCCUAUGUUAUGGAUGUGAAAGGCCCAGGAUGCUAUAAAAUCAGAGUCUUUAGCCAUGCACAAACAGUAUUUUUGUAUGCUAUACUCACUGUCCUCUGCUAACCCACAGAAGGAAAAGGCCGGCUCACAGAAGGAUGCUCCUUCAGGUGGAAGCAGCACUUAAAAGCACCCUGAAUCAAGAUGAAUGGAAAAUCAUCCCAAUAAAAACACUACACACACUUUGGAGACACACACACACAUACGCAAAGGUUGUUAGAGAUGGACAAAGCCUUGAAAGGUAUGAAAAUUUCCAUGUAUCAAAUGCUAAGAAAAAUAUGUGUCAUUUCAUGCUAGCACAAUUUUUUUUUUUUUUAAAGGCCAUACCCGAGGCACAUGGAGGUUCCCACGCUAGGGGGUGAAUAAGAGUUGUAGCUGUUGGCCUACACCACAGCCACAGCAACU